AUGGCGGACGAGAAAAUGGCAACUACCACUGCCAACGGCACUGAUACGCCUCCCUCGCUCGAAUCUCACGAUGUUCAAGGCGGCGAGCGCCGCAUGGGCAAGCCAUGGAUGUACAAGAGACUCUUCGGCGUCCUGCCGCCAUACGCCUCCCCAGAAUUCCAGAUCGUCUUUGUGGCCUUCGUCUGCUUCCUGUGCCCCGGUAUGUUCAACGCCGUCAACGGCUUGGGCGCCGGCGGCGUAGUUGAUCCCCACGAUAUCAACCGAGCCAACAUUGGUGUCUAUGCGACUUUCUCCAUUGUCGGUUUCUUCGGUGGCAGCAUUUGCAAUACCAUCGGUCUUCGUCCGACUCUUGCGUUCGGUGGCAUUGGCUACUUCAUCUACGUUACCGCCCUCCUGGUCUACAAGCACACUCAGAACGCCGGCUUCCUUAUCUUCUCGGGUGUCUUGCUUGGUGUCUGCGCUGGUCUGUUGUGGACUGCCCAAGGUGCUAUCAUGAUGGCCUACCCACUCGAGCGUCAAAAGGGCCGCUUCAUCUCCGUCUUCUGGGUCAUUUUCAACCUCGGUGCCGUCAUUGGCGCCCUUGUGCCGUUGGGCCAAAACAUCCACACGACUACAGCAGGCUCUGUGAACGAUGGCACCUAUAUCGCCUUCAUCGUUCUCAUGGUUCUCGGCCUGCUCACCACCUUCUUGUGCUGCAACCCGCACUUCGUCGAGCGCAAGGAUGGCUCGCGCGUCAUUCUCAUGAAGAACCCAACAUGGAAGUCCGAAUUCCUUGGCCUUCUCGAAGUCCUCAAGACCGAUUGGUACAUUGUCUUUAUGUUCCCCUUCUUCCUUGCCUCCAACUGGUUCUACACCUACCACUUCCAGGAUGUCAACCUCCCCAUGUUCAAUGUGCGCACUCGCUCCCUAAACAACGUCUUGUACUGGAGCAUGCAAAUGGUCGGCGCUCUCGUCUUCGGGUACGCUCUUGACUUCGACAAGAUCUCCCGUCCCCUGCGCGCCAAGCUCUGCCUUGCUGCUCUACUGGUCAUCACCAUGGUCAUCUGGGGUGGCGGUUACGAGUUCCAGAAGAGCUACACCCGCGCUUCCGUGGCUGCGGACGAUUUUGUUCCCCUUGACUGGACGGAUGGCGGUCGCUACAUUGGCCCCAUGUUCCUCUACAUGUUCUAUGGUUUCUAUGAUGCCGCUUUCCAGACAUGCGCUUACUGGCUCAUGGGUUCCCUAACCAACAACGGCCGCAAGCUUGCCAACUUCGCUGGCUUCUACAAGGGCAUCCAGUCCGCUGGUGCCGCCAUCACUCCCGGCAUCGACUCCGGUCUGACGCCCUACAUGACCGAGUUCGCCUCCACCUGGGGUCUGCUCGCAGGCUCCAUCCUCCUCGCCGUGCCUGUCGUCUGGCUGAAGGUCAAGGACACGGUGACGCUGGAGGAGGAUCUUCAAUUCACCGACGAAACCAAGGCCGAAGUUGUGGCCGUGCCCGAGGUGCAGAGAGCGGGAAGCUUGAGCGAGAAGCACUAA